CCCGGCGCCUCUCCCCCACCCACCCCGUCCGCCCACCCAUAUCCCGCUCAGGAGGGGCCGGUGGGCUGGCGAGCGCCUCACAGCAGCAGCACCAGAGAGGGAGAGAAGUCCGCCUCCCGCCGCCGCCGCCGCCUCUUCAUCCCCAGCAGCAACUUCCCUGCCCGGCUCCCCGCCGCCGCCGCCGCCUCCUUCUCUCCCUGCUUUGCAGUAGCAGCCGCCGCCGCCGCCGCCGCCGCUCCUCCUCUCCUCCCGGGGACGAUGCUCUGGCUCCUCAGCGGCAGCUCCCGAGCCGUGUCCCCGCGGCUCCUCCGCUCCCCCGGGCUCCCCUUCGCCGCCUGGCUCCUGCUGCACCACCUGGGGGCAGCGCCCAUGGCCGGGGCUUCCUCCUUCCCCACAGGUUCUGUUGCAAAAUGUGAAAAUGAAGGAGAAGUACUACACAUCCCCUUUAUCACAGACAAUCCUUGCAUAACGUGCAUUUGCCUGAACAAGGAAGUGACAUGCAAACGAGAGAAGUGCCCAGUGCUUUCUAAGGAGUGUGCUCUGGUCAUAAAGCAGAGAGGGAUGUGCUGCGAGCGAUGUAAAGGUUGCAGUUUUGAAGGAAAAUCAUAUAACAGCUCACAGUCAUGGCAGGUCUCAGACAAACCAUGUAUCAUGAAUCAGUGUCAGGAAGGAGUGAUAACAGAAUCUGAGAUUCACUGCAUUGUUCAUUGCAAAAACCCUUUGAAGCAGCCAGGAAUGUGCUGCCCCACAUGUCCAGGUUGUACAUUUGAAGGUAGACAUUACCGUGAAGGUGAGGAAUUUCAGCCUGAAGGGAACAAAUGCAUCACGUGUGCUUGUGUUGGUGGCAGGACACAGUGCAUACAGGAAGUGUGCCCCAUUCUUUCAUGUCCCCAGCAUCUCAGUCAUACUCCAUCCGGACAGUGUUGCCCAAAAUGUUUGGGGCAGAGGAAAGUGUUUGAUCUCCCAUUUGGAAGCUGCCUCUUUCACAGCGAUGUUUAUGACAACGGAGCCUCUUUUGCAUACGACAAUUGUACUAAGUGUACCUGCAGGGAUUCCACUGUGGUGUGUAAGAAGAAAUGCUCACCUCCUGGAGAUUGCAUUAAAGGCAAAGAGCAGUGCUGCAAAGAGUGUGUCUCGUACAUGUCCCCAGAGAAAACAAAAGUGUGCAAGUUUGGCAACAAGAUCUUCCGGGAUGGAGAGAUGUGGUCCUCCGUUAACUGCACCAUCUGUGCUUGUGUGAAAGGCAAGACUGAGUGUCGCAAGAAGCAGUGCAUUCCAGUCAGCAGCUGCCCUCAUGGAAAGAUCCUCAACCGAAAAGGAUGCUGUCCCAUUUGCACUGAAAAGCCCGGAGUUUGCACUGUAUUUGGAGACCCCCACUACAACACUUUUGACGGACGGACAUUUAACUUUCAGGGAACAUGUCAGUACGUUUUGACGAAAUACUGCUCCUCCUCUACCCCGCCCUUCCAGGUGCUGGUGAAGAACGAUGCCCGACGGACUCGCUCUUUCUCCUGGACAAAAUCUGUAGACCUUGUGCUGGGCAGCAGUACCAUCAGCCUCCACCAGCACCUCACAGUGAAGUGGAACGGGACACGGAUCUCCCUACCUUACGACACGCCACACUUUCACAUUGACUUGGAAGGCUACCUCUUGAAAGUGACAACCAAAGCAGGCCUGGAAAUCUCUUGGGAUGGAGACAGCUUUGUGGAAGUCAUGGCUCCACCACAUCUUAAGGGCAGGCUCUGUGGCCUAUGUGGCAACUACAAUGGACACAAGAGAGAUGACCUGAUCGGAGGCGACGGGAAUUUCAAGUUUGAUGUGGAUGACUUUGCCGAGUCGUGGCGUGUGGAGUCAAAUGAAUUCUGUACUCGCCCUCCAAAGAAACAGUUUCCAGAACUGUGUCAAGGAACAGUGAGAGUAAAACUCCGCGCCCAUCGGGAAUGCCAGAAACUCAAAGCAUGGGAUUUUCAGACCUGUCACUCAACUGUCGACUACACUACGUUUUAUCGGUCCUGCGUGACAGACAUGUGUGAGUGCCCUGUUCAUAAAAACUGCUACUGUGAGUCCUUUCUCGCCUAUGCUAGAGCCUGUCAAAGGGAAGGUCUGAAAGUUCACUGGAAACCUGAGCAGAAUUGUGCUGCCACCCAGUGUAAACACGGUGCCGUCUAUGAUACCUGCGGUCCUGGAUGCGUGAAAACAUGCGACAACUGGAACGAGAUUGGUCCCUGCAAUAAACCCUGCAUUGCAGGCUGCCACUGCCCGGCAAACUUAGUCCACCACAAAGGAAGAUGCAUCAAACCCAUUCUCUGUCCACAGCGGUGACAUUAGCUUUUGUCCACAAGGACUUUGUAACUGGUGGCUUUUGGUAACCUUUCUAAGCUCACAGCCAAUGAAGGACUGCAGUGCUGGCUGGCAGAUUUUGCAAAGCACUCUCACAAAGAGUGGGGGGAAAUAUGUGUGCCUAUAUAUUUAUAUGUGUAUAUGGAUAUAUAUAUAUAUAUAUAUAUAUAUAUAUAUAUAUAUAUAUAACCAUAAACACAAGUGUAUGUUGAUACAGAGAGAGAAAGAGAGAGGUAAGGUAAUUUUAAAAGACUCUGGACUUGCCAGGAUUACGGGUGUCCCCCCCCCCUUUGAUAGUAAUGUAUAUUCUCUGAAUUAAAAAAGUCACCCAUCCCUGCUCAUUCUGCUACUUGUGAUCCUGGACUUCUGCCCCCAAAUCCUGGCCCCAAUGGCACCCCUCUGUGUGUGUAUUGUGUAAUAGCAUGUUCAGGGAGAGCAGAAAUAAAUGGUCGUACCCUUGGUAUUGCAGGACAAAAAAAAUGGCGGGAGCACCUGCCACUCCCCCGCGCUGUGCAAAUGUCCCCAUAACAUGAACCCGCCCCCCUUGAUCAAAUCCUCAACCCAACAGCCAUAGCAUAAACAAUUCCACACAGUGCCCAUUGAAGCAACAGGUCACCCCUAACUUCUCUGUCCCACCUGCAUUGGGUUAAAUACAUAUAGGCCCCUGGGAUAUGGUAACAUCAGUCCUAGUUUUAACUAUAUAUACCCACAUACACAUACACGUGCGCACACAUAUGAAAAUAGGCAUCAUUUAUAUAAACCAUAGAAGGAUGAGUUAUUAUAUGUAUAUUAUUUUGCUAUAAAGUUUAUGUAUUAGCAUUUCUGUUAUCUUCACCUGUAAGCCACGUGAGACAUUUGUGUAAAUAAGGCAGGUGUUUGAUGGCACGAUAGCACCCACCGAGCCAUCGCCUCCCGAUUUUCCAUGGAUGCGUCUCCCAAGGCCACAGGAUUUCUGCAUAAAGUUACUAUUAGAUCCCGAUUUCCGGAUACAUAAGAAACAGGUGUUAUCUGAAGCUCGGAUUUAUCCAGGGACGGCUCAGGUUUCCCACCUCAGACCAGCCUCGGGUGAUUGAUAAGAGUACCUUAAUUCAGCAAAGAACCCUGGCAUUGGAGAUUAUGCCUCGCUGGUUCGUUCCAAUGUUCCUUGGAACAUUGCUUUAGUUGGCGUACCAUUUAAAUGAACCCAACCACAUGCAUGGAGGCAGAGGAUGUAGUUCCCAACCACCAGGCACGUAGUGUGGGGGAGGACCAGGAGGCUCAUGAUUUUGAGGGGACGCGAACCAGUCACCCCCAAGCAGGAAUCCACACUCUGCCUGGCACUGAGGGUCUCUGGGCCCCAGAGCCCAGCCUGGCCUG